AUGGCUCAAGGUAAUUUGAAGCUGAGCAAGAAGAAGCCCGCCAGGCUCACCAAGAGACAGCAGAAUCCAAAGGCAGCUGCCCCUAAGGUUUACAGAGCGAAGAAGAACCUUACUGAGAAGAAAGUGCAGCUGUUGUCGAAACAGCAUAACGGAGCGCUAAUCUCUAACACAGAAAAGUUGAUUGCGAGCAGAGUCGGUCAUCUAGAAUUGGUGAAGGGUAGUAGAAGAGAGAUCGAGAAAGCAGCAAAGGAAAAGGCUAAGGCUAAGGCAGCAGAAGCUAAAGCCAAACAAUGA